CUGAAAUCUGCAACAACAACAAUACUGGGAUAUCAAAGCGAAUCAUUGCCUGAUAAAAAUCCGGGUGCCUUUGAAAUGAUUCUGUCCUAUAUUUACACAGACAGAAUACAACCGAGGAUAAAAGGACAGGAACCCAGAAAUAAUGAUGCAAUCCUUGCCAUGCUGGAGGUUUACAGACUGUCGUUGCAGCUUGAAAUGGGUCGUUUGCAACAACUGUGCGUUCAGUUUUUAGAGGCAAGCAUCGGAAUCAAAAGUGUUCUGUUUGCACUACACAAUGCUGCAAGACUGCAGCUUGACUUCUUGAAGGGCUUCUGUCUUCGCUUCAUUGUAAAAGAAGCAAACUUUAAUCAGAUUGUAAUGAGCAAAGAAUUUGAAACCCUGGAAAAAUCUCUCAUUGUGGAAAUCAUUAGACGGAAGCUGGAACCACCUGUUCGAUUGUUAGAUCCACAGCCGGAACCUUUAGCAAGCAAUUCUUUGGAACAAGAUCUGGCACAGUUUAGAUUGAAUGGACAAGAAUUCUGCGAUAUCACACUUGCACUAGAUGGGGCCCACAUACCAGCUCACAAAGCCAUUCUUGGUGCUAGAAGCAGUUACUUUGAAGCCAUGUUCAGGUCGUUCACUCCCCAGGAUAAUAUUGUCAAUAUUGCAAUUGGAGAAAUGGUGCCAUCCCGGCAGGCAUUUGAUAGUCUGAUGCGAUACAUCUACUAUGGAGACGUUGUAAUGCCCCCAGAAGAUUCACUGUAUCUGUUUGCAGCUCCAUAUUUUUAUGGGUUUACAAAUAAUCGGUUGCAAGCAUUUUGCAAGCACAAUUUGGAAAUGAAUGUUUCAUGUCAAAAUGUUAUCCAGAUUCUGGAAGCUGCAGACAAAAUACAAGCCACUGACAUGAAGAAACAUGCCUUGAGUAUUAUUGUUCAUCAUUUUCCUAAAGCCGCCCGAUUUCCAUCCUUGCGAAGACUGAGUAGAGAAUUACUGCUCGAUGUCCUUGAUGCCUUAGCUGAUGAACUGAGUGAAUCACGAGUAUGUCCAGAUCUGUCAGGGAUCAGUCUCACAGACUCAAAUAUGUCACUUUAA